AUGGCUGCCGUUGGCGUCACCUCCCCGGCGGCGCCGGCCACCGUAUCCGCCGCCGUAUGUUCCUCGUCCACGCGCCGCCGAGUCCAUCUUGUCCCUACCCGAUUCUUCACAGCAGCGUCGUUCCGCGGGCGAUGUGCCGCUGCGGCCGACGGCGGGGCCGCGGCCACGGAGGACCUGGCUGCGGCAGCGGAUGGGUAUCCCGACGCUGGAACUGACGUCGCCGGCGGCGCUGCCACUUCCACGCGGCCUCCCUACUCGCUCAUCUCCGCCGCCAACGUGCAGAAGGCGAUGCGCGGCCUUGGUGCGCGUUUCUUGUUUGAUUUAUACGCAAUUACAGAUGCUGAUCACUAUGGGAGGCUUGGAAUUACCAGAUUAGCGUCAACCGAUGAGGUCAAAGCUGCAUAUGAGAAAAGGUGUGAACAACUAAACAAGCAAGGACUGGAAGAAGAGGAAAUCAGCAAGGAACAUGACCUAUUGAAGGAAUCUUUUACCAUAUUAUCAACCGAGGAAGAGAGAAGAUUAUAUGAUUGGAGCUUGGCGAGGAAUGGGCAGCCUGAGCGAUAUGUUUGGCCCUUUGAAGUUGACCCCAUGGAGUUGGCACCAGAUCCUCCUAAGGAACCGGAAGAUGAGUUUCCUACAAAGCUUGUCGGCUACUUCUUGUUGACAUGGUUCAUAAUUUCUGUAGCCUGCUCGCUGAUUCUCAACAGAUCAUGA